AUGGUACAUAAGCACAAGGCUCGUCUCCUAAUCUUCAGUCGACCAAAGUCGAUUCGAGAAACAAUACUGCAUUGCGGUCUCCUGUCUAUACUCCGAAAACUAAGAUCAUCCCCGGAGAAAGAACUCCGACUUUUAUUAUUAGGACUUGAUAAUGCUGGGAAAACCACUUUAUUGAAAUCUUUGGCUUCAGAAGAUAUUGCACACAUUACUCCCACCCAGGGUUUCAAUAUUAAAUCUGUACAAUCAGAAGGAUUCAAGUUAAAUGUUUGGGAUAUAGGAGGCCAAAGGAAAAUUAGACCAUACUGGAGAAACUAUUUUGAAAAUACAGAUGUUCUUAUUUAUGUCAUUGAUAGUGCAGAUAGAAAACGACUAGAGGAAACUGGUCAUGAGUUGGAAGAACUGUUAAUGGAGGAAAAGCUUGCAAAUGUGCCAUUGCUAGUUUAUGCAAAUAAACAAGAUCUUAUGCAUGCCCUUCCAGCAUCUGAAAUUGCCGAGUGCUUAGGGCUACAUACAAUUAAAGAUCGACCGUGGCAAAUUCAAGCAUGCUCUGCAACAGAAGGAGAAGGAGUUAAGGAUGGAAUGGAGUGGGUAUGUAAGAAUGUCAAAAAGAAAUGAAAUUCUUUUGAUUGGUGAUGUCUUCUUCUGUGUGCACCAUUAUUUAUGCAUUUGGAUGUUAAGAUCCUUUAGAGAUACUUGCAUUCUUGGUUUUUCUCCAAGUUAUAAAAUGAACAGGGAAUAUGCACACAAUUUGCACUACAUUAUUAUUAGUAAGAUACAAAGUGCUUUCAAUACACCAGAGAUCUUUGAAGACAAUCUCAUAUUUUCAAUUUUAUUUAUAUUUUACUGCAAGUCAAUAUGAAUAUAAUAUUGUACAAUAUUUAUUAUGAGCUUUUAGUAUUGAAAAAUACUGACUUGAUGAAAUUGUGAUAAAGUCUGCAGUUAUACAAAUUUAAACUUUAAUGUAUUGUUAUCAGACAAAUUUUGAAUUUGCCAUGUUGAGAUAUAAAUAUGGUACUGACUGACACAUUCAAAUAAUUGGUUUAUUAAGCAGCAAUGUUGAGUUUUUUGGUUGCAUUUCAUUACAAUAUUAUAUUUUAAUAUUAAAAAUGUGCCUGAAUAAUUCCUUACUGUUACCAGAUUUACAAAUUCAAAUUGAUAUUUUUUAUACUCAUAGUUCAAACUUUUGUGGAUUUUAUAAUCAGAACAGAUAAAAAUGUUGCUGUACUUUAUUUCAUAUUUCAAUGGAGCAUUUUCAAGUGUGAUGCACUUUCUUCUCCCAGUAUUAUUGUACUAGUCAUCCGUCCAUUUUGUAAUAUUUUUAGAAUUCUGUGGUUGUUGAUCAUUGUAUGAACUGUAUUAAAAUUAUAAAAUAAAGUGCUGUUGAAAUAUACUAAUAAUUGUGCCGUUUUAUUGUAGUAAAAUUCAUAUCACUGAAUCUCAGAAAUAAAUAAGAAAGAUUUUAUUAAAAAAGAAAUGUGAUAAAUAAUAUCUUAUACACUCAAAAUUCAAUGUAUUCAAUCUCACUACAAUAAUAUGCAAUGUAUGUAUAGUUUAUAAUUUUUUGCAGUUAACUGAAGAAAUUGUCAAGUUCAAACACCUCCAGUUCUUACCAUAUCAAAUUAAGUGUUGAACCUAAAAAAAU